CUCAAUCUCACUCUCACUUCUCAGAAACAAAUCUGAAGAAAAACUCUCCGGCUAUUGUAAAUUCUUUCGUCGUUGAAUCAAGUUAGGUCAUUACUAGGUUUGAUGAUGUUAUUUCUUAUUUAUUUGUUUAAAUCCAUUGAUGAUGAUAUUUCUGUAAGGGUUUGAUAGUUAGGGUUUGGUAGAUUCAUAGUUAUGGUUUUGUGUAUUUUGUUUAAAUCGAUUAAUGGUGUAUUUUUGUAGAUUAAUAGUUAGGGUUUGAUUUUUAUGUUUGUUGGUAGUUAGGGUUUGGUUUCACUAGUUUUUUUUUUUUUUUUUAAUGUUAUUCUGUUUCACGUAGAAAACCCCGUCAUGCAAUUGAUGAUUAUUUUGGGUUCUAUCAAUUUAACUGUUCGAUUUGAUGUUAAAAAUCAGAUUCUGAAGAGUUAAGUCUCAAUUUGAAGUCUUAUCCGUUGUUCUUAUUUUUCAAUUUGUAGUUCAGAUUCACUGUUUACUGUGAUAAUUCUUCUUAUGGGUAAAAAAUGAUUGACUGAUGUAUUUUUACUUGUUUAAGUCUGUAGAUUUUGUAGGUUGAGUAUUUUCAGUGAUGCAAAUUUUGCGAAGUCUUCGAAGCUGGAUAUAAGUGAACAUGGGAAGAAGGUCAGGCAUCAAAAUCAAUUCAUCGAGUCAGAUAUGGAAGAAUUGCAGCUUGAAAGUAUUGAAGCCUUGGAUAAGUUCAUUGUAAAGCAUCAGAAGGAUUAUGUGGAGCGGCACCGGACAACUGAAAGGGAAAAUGACAACAUCGAGCAUGAAGUAAGAUGUUGGGGUUUUCAUAAAAGCGUGCAAGGAGCAGAUCUGCAAAGAAGGAUAAAAGAUGAAGAUAAAAACGGGACUUCAAGGCCAUGGCUUGGCAUUAUGGUUGAUAAUUCUCAAGCUGAUAUUGUGGCUCACAGACACGGUUUGAUUCUCAAUGAGAGGCUUCAUGCGGUAAUUACUCAGUUUCACCAGUUAAGAGCCAUACGGUUUCAAGAAUCUGUUGAUAGAGCCACGCCGAGAAGAAAACCGGAAAAGGUGUCCAUUUCACACUCAACGGAUGCAUCUAGAUAUGUAAGUCAGAAGAGCAAGAAAGCACCUUCUUGUGUGAAUUGAUAAUGCACCGGACUUGGGAUGCUGUUCAUGUCUGCAGUGAUGAUGGGUUCUUCUGGGCUCACUGGAAUUCUCAAGCGGCAAAACUGAAAUAUCAAAAGUAUCAAGCGAUGUUCAACAAGAUUCUUACAGUUAUCAAGGUACUGCUGCUUACAACCAAGGUUGAUACGUUAGAUCUAACUCUCUUUGUAUAAUUGUUUCUAUAUAUCUUAGUUUUGACAGUUACCUAACUUAGAAGGAGUUGAAGGCGAAGUAUGAACCACUUUGCAAAUGAAGUACUAACACAAUGAUUUUGCUAGUCAAGGUAUGUGUCUAUCUCCUUGUCCUCUCCGCAUCCUCAUUCCUUGUCUAGCAAUUGAUAUAUAUUCAUACUAUUUACUUAAAACUUGUUAAAAUCAACAUGUUCGUCCGUGGCCUCUUUUCCUGGUAUAUCUUAAACCUGAUCACUUACUAUACUGUAAGGGUCCUCAAGCUCGACAACACUAUUAGACUAAUCAAAAAACGUAUUAGCCGAUAAUAAUUCGAUUAGUUUAAAACGAAGAUUAAUUAAUAAAAAUUAAUCUAACAACGAUCUAGAUACGAAACUGAUACCGUUAGAUAGAACUCGAGAAGUUAUGCGAAAUGGACUUCUUGCACGCGUCAUUCGGCGGACGAAGAAGAUAUCAACAUAUGAGUCUGAAGGGCAAAGUGAUUCUAGACCGAGUGACAGCCCGUAGUAAUUUUCUGGGUGCCUUAAUAAGUUUUGGUAGGUCUUAUCUUCACCAAACCGAGAAGAUAAACUUAUUCUCUUAUUUUCUUUCUCUUUCUUCCUUCCUCUUAUUUCUUUCUUCUUCAUUCUUCUCCUGCUCCGAUUCUGAGACGAAUCUGUGAAAUAGAGACAAUAGUUUUGAGAUCGUGGGAAGGUGAUACAGAUCAAGUAACGCCUGUUACUAAUGGUGUUGAUUAGAAUAGAUGAUUCAGAGUCGAUGGAAAGGUGAAUCAUAGAAUCGGAAUUAGGGUUUAUAGAGUUUUUGAUGUUUUGAAGAUUAAGAAGAUAAUAUAUAGAGAUGCUAUUGGAUGAGGAUUAAGAGGGUCGAUGUUAAUUGAAGCUGUAGAGUUGUUCAGAUGAUUGAACUGAAGAAUUAGGGUUCUGUCAUAAUUGAAUCAACUGUAGUUUUAGAAGAGGGGUUUGAUUUGGAAGCUAAAGAUUGAGAUAGAGAUGGGUUUUGUAUUAAUUUAUCAGUUACAGCUGUGGUCGAUGAAGAAUCGGUGAAUUAAGGUUAUGUUCUGUUCUUUCCCAAAUUAAGAAUUAGGGUUUGUAGACCGAUUGUAGCAGUAGAGAAAUCAGAUAAGAUAAAAGAUGAGUUUCGAUGAUUGAGAGGAUUACAGUGGUGCUGCAGGUGAGGUCUUAAUCUCAGGUGAUGAAUUUGGUGAUGGUGAUUGAUUUCCGGUCUAGACAGAUAAUUCUGGGGUUUCAAUUGAAGUGGUUGGUGAAGUAACAAUUCAGAGAGUACUAGAUAUUGGGUAAGCCUAUGUAUUGUCUCAAUUUUAGUAUCUUGAUUUGAAUGUUAUAAACUAUUGAGAUUAUGUGAUUAUAUAUGAGUUUGAGAUGAGCUAUGGGAUGUUGUUGGUGUUGUCUAUGUAGUUGGAUUUGAAGGUGGAGAUGUAUUUUGUGGUUUGAUGUGAUUGUAGUUGUGAUCUCCAGAUGGUAGUGAGACUGAGAUUGAUCCAGUUUAGGUGGAUGUGCAUUUGAGCUAUGCUCAACUGACUGUGGUGGUGAUACUUCUGAGUUAGGAGUGGUUUUAGUAGCAGGUGGAGAACAUAGUGAAAUUAGGAAUGGGUUUGUGUCGAUUAGUCUCUUUGGUUGAGACUUCUUGGGAACUUAAGUUACAGAAGAAGUUAUAGUUUAGUUUUGAGUUGUAAUGGGUGUUGUUGGAUUGAAAGGAUUUAUGAACUGGGUAUGAUACAAAGAACGAUUGUUGUUUGAAUUGAAGUUUGUGUCAGUAUUGGGGUUGUUAGGGUUUGAUUGGAUGAAAGAAUAGUUGUAGUGUUGUUUAGCAGUCGCCAUAAUGAAAACCUUCAACUGCAUAUCAAGGUAAUCUUAAAUUACAAUUGUACUUUGAAUUCUAGAAUUAUGUUGAAGUGAAUACUUAUGUAAUGAUCAAAUUGGAUAGAAUUGAGUUAGUGUAA